UCUCAUUGUGAAAUCUUCGGUUCCGGUGUGACUAAGCACUAUUAAGCCUAAUAGUCACAGUAGCUUGGACCAUUUUCGCUUGUCGAAUUGCAGAGAGAGAGAAAGAUGGGAGGAGGAGACCAUGGCGAGAGCGUCACAUACAAGGGCAUGACCUUGCAUAAACCUAAGCGAUGGCACACCCUCACUGGCAAGGGCUUGUGCGCUGUCAUGUGGUUUUGGGUUCUCUACAGGGCAAAGCAAGAUGGUCCUGUAGUUUUGGGUUGGCGACAUCCUUGGGAGGGUCAUGAUGACCAUGGUCAUGGGCAUGAUCAUUAGGAACCCAACUGAAAGACCGAAGGGAAAUGCCUUAAAGGUUCUUUAGUAGAUCCACAAUACGAAUAUCAUCUGGAAUGUCCUUGUUUCUUUUUACUCAAUAAACUCGUUGUUAUGGGCAUAUGCCGAACAAAUUUCAUGUUAACAUGUUAGUUUGUAAGAGGAAUAUUUUUUACAGUCCAGAUGUCUAUGUGCACAUGUGUGCUUCUAUUUUUUGUGAGCUUAUGAUGGAUUUGAAUGAAGCCCAAACUGCACUAUCUAGCAUUCAUUUA